AUGGGAACCAAUAAAGAGAGAAUUGAACAUCUGGAGGCUGGACUCGGUGAAGUUCAAGAGGGGCUACACCGGAUGGAGCUGGGCAUGGCGGAUCGACUGCGACACGUUGAAGAGACUCUUAACCGUCUCUCUGAUGUGCUCCUUGCCAACCAAGAACCUCCAAACCAAGGUAAUCAAAACCGUGAAGGUCACAAUGGGGGACGACUUGUGGUAUCCUCCAAAACGGCAAAAUUAGAAUUUCAGCGAUUUUCAGGAGAUGAUCCGACGGAGUGGUUCAACCGUGUAAACCAGUUUUUCGAGUUCCAAAAUACUCCCGACAACCAAAAGGUUUCUUUAGCAUCUUACCAUUUGGAAGGAGAAGCCAACCAAUGGUGGCAAUGGAUUCGCAAGACUUUUCAAGAUGAAGGUCGAGUUAUUUCGUGGAUCGAUUUUGAAGAGGAACUCUGGGCGCGUUUUGGGCCAUCAGACUACGAAGACUUUGACGAGGCUCUGUCCCGUGUUUGGCAGACGGGUUCCCUGUGUGAUUACCAACGGGAAUUCGAACAAUUAGGCAACCAGGUCAAAGGUUGGACACAGAAGGCUUUGGUGGGCACCUUCAUGGGUGGUUUGAAGACAGAAAUUUCGGAUGGACUCCGUAUGUUUAAACCACAAACUUUGAAAGAUGCUAUACGUUUCGCAAGGAUGAGAGAUGAUCAACUAAUGAGACAAAGGAGAUUCUUACGACCUGCCCCUCCAUUACGAGCUCCCCCAGUUCUUCCACCAGCAAAUCGGACAACACAUGUCGCUCCAGUUCGACGACUGAGUUGGGAGGAAAUGCAACGACGACGUCUCCAAGGUUUAUGUUUCAAUUGUAAUGAACGUUUUACUGCAGGUCAUAGAUGUCAACGGCCCUGGAUACUAAUGUUGGAGGGCUACGAGGACGAUAACAACGUUAUCUGUGAUGAAGUCAAUGAAGAAAGAAAUAUGGGAAGACACCAGGAGGAGAAUCUAGAACCAGAGAUUACGUUGCAUGCAUUAACGGGCUGGUCAGCGCCCAAGACCAUGCGAGUAGCGCUAGAAUCGAGACCUUUCCCGUUCGGGUUGCCAAUGGAGAAUCUCUUAAAUGUCAAGGAAGGCUUGGACGUAGUACUGGGGAUUCAAUGGCUUGAAUUACUUGGUGCCGUGGUGUGCGACUGGAAACAGUUGACCAUGGAAUUUUUAUGGGAAAACCAACCCAGGAGAUUAAUCGGCGUCGACGGGCAAGACAUCCAAGCCGCGUCACUCAAGGAGCUAACCAAGGAAUGUCGCCCUAGUCAAACGCUAUUUGUGUUAUGCUUCCAGAUCGCUCAAGCGGAACCACCGAUGAAUAUUCAUCCAAGCAUGCAAAAAUUAUUGCAGGAAUUUUCUGAUCUAUUCAUAGAGCCCUCAUGCUUACCACCACCAAGGGAAGUCGACCACUGCAUUAAUCUUAAGGAAGGAACCGAACCAAUAAACGUUCGGCCUUAUCGGUACGCACAUUAUCAGAAGAAUGAGAUCGAAAAGCAGGUCCAGGAUAUGCUGCAAUCGGGGCUUGUUCAAACCAGCACUAGCCCAUUUUCAUCACCCGUAUUGCUAGUAAAAAAGAAAGACGGGAAUUGGCGCUUUUGCACAGAUUAUCGGGCACUCAACGCCGCAACCAUUAAAGACCGAUUUCUGAUACCGACAGUAGAUGAUAUGUUGAAUGAGCUCUACGGUGCUUCAUAUUUCACCAAACUCGAUCUGCGAGCGGGCUACCAUCAGCAAGAACUGGAGUACUUGGGGCACAUCAUCACUAGUCAAGGCGUGAAAGUGGAUGACAAUAAAAUUGCUGCUAUGAUAGCCUGGCCACAACCCACUAACAUUUCGGAACUACGUGGUUUUUUAGGCUUGACAGGUUAUUACCGGAAGUUCGUCAAAAACUACGGCAUCAUAGCUAGACCUCUCACCAAUCUUUUCAAAAAGGGGCAAUUCGAAUGGCACGAGGAAGCUGAACGUGCCUUUCUUGCUCUCAAACAGGCCAUGACGACCACUCCUAUAUUGGUCCUAUAUUGGCCAUGCCAAACUUCAAUGAAUCUUUUACUAUUGAAACGGAUGCGUCAGGAGAAGGCAUCGGAGCAGUUCUAUCUCAACGUGGCAAGCCAGUGGCAUACAUGA